UGUGUUAGAAACAAGAGCGGAGUGACAGGAGAUUACUUAGAUGACGGAGUAGAGAUGGUUUCCAAUCUAAGUAUUCAGGUUAUCGUUUUAACAUCUGGUUGUAUCUACUGAUAAUAGCAACACUUGGCUAGAGAUGAUGUUUCAGAAGAAAAGAGGGUAUUAUGGGGUCUACAUAUGGUCUGUUAUUCUUACUGUCUGGUUUUGUUUACAUGUUGCCUUGGCUGUAAAAAUAUUGCGUCUUUCAGUACCACAAUCAGUUCAAAACGGAACAGACCACGUGAUUUUAGACUGUGAGUAUAAUUAUACUGCAAAUGAUCUCCGGCUCGUAGUCAAGUGGUUCUUUAACAACAACUUAGAGCCCAUCUACCAGUGGAUUCCUAAACUAAAUUCAAGACAUAUUUCUGAAAUGUUGAUAAAUAGGCUUGACCGCUCUUACAAAGUCAAUUCUCCUGAUCCCUACUUCCACUACCGAGCUCUCUAUCUUCUACAUCCUACGUUGGAAAUUAGUGGUAAAUAUACAUGCCAGGUAUUGUCUCUUGCUGGUCAUGAUCAACAACACCAAAAAAUGAUCGUAUAUUCUCAGGCUAAGACAUUUUCAUUUUCUCACACUAAAGUUUCUAGUUUAGAAACUGACAUAUCUUGCGAAGCAAUGGGUCUGUUCCCCCAACCUGAUAUCUCCGUUAGCGCAAUCCUCCCCAAACACUUCAAAGAUCCAUUCUUACAAGCACCUAAGAAAUUCGUCAACAUUACAAAAGAGCUUUAUUCCAUUUGGAUCAGUGGAACCUUUAAUCAAAAGGAUUUUCCGAAGACAGAUAAAAUAGUUCUACAGUGUGAAGUGCAUAUUCCAGAAACAGAUUACAAAGUGUCCAAAGAACUAUCCUUUUACACAGGACUUGCAACAGUCAAUAAAGCUUCCUUGAGGGAUUUCUUCAGGCUAUGCUACAUUCUGUGUGUUGUUGUUCUUUGCUAUUGUAAGUCCUAACAUAUCACGCUCCAGUGGAAAUGGGUACAUUUCAAAUGAUACAUUGAACAAUAAAAACACCACAGUCAAUGUCUAGCUUGAAGAAUGAAUGUCACCCUGAAGAAUAUUAUGUUAUGUAAUAUCAGUUUAACGAAUUGUAUCUUCAAUGUGUUCAAAAUUUUAAUAAAAUAAGGUUUUAUGUUAACGUUUUCUUUAAACUACAUGUUGUAAACCUUUGUAAAAAACAGGUAAAAUAAAAAUAAAGUACUUGGACGUCA